CCCGAGCGUGAAGAAGACAGGUGCCAUUUGGGAAUUGGGACAGAACAAGCCCGUGUGUGUUUCCAUCUGAGUGCAUCGCUCUUACCCUCUCAGUAGCCUACUAGUGUGUGUGCGUGUCUCAGUGUGUGUUGUCACUGUCCUCCAACCUACUCCCAGCUCAGCAUGGCCAGAUUUACACAGAGUGAAAGCAGAAGGCAUCAGCAGCAGCAUCAUCCCCAGCCGCCUCAUCCCGCCCCCGUCAACCUGCUUCUACAGCAGCCGCUCUUACUUAUCCCUCAUCAGCAUCAGCUCGAUCACAGCCCUGUUCCGAAGCCCAUGAACGGACCCGAAACCGUCUCCAUGCACACGGACAGCGGCGCCAUGAAAGACCAGGACGCCAUCAAGCUCUUCAUUGGACAGAUACCGCGGAACCUAGAGGAAAAAGACCUGAAACCUCUCUUUGAGCAGUUUGGGAAAAUCCACGAAUUGUCUGUUCUGAAGGACCGAUACACAGGCAUGCAUAAAGGAUGUGCGUUUCUCACCUACUGUGCCAGGGAGUCUGCCAUCAAAGCCCAGAAUGCAUUGCAUGAGCAGAAAACCCUACCUGGGAUGACUCGUCCCAUCCAAGUGAAACCAGCUGACAGUGAGUGUCGUGGAGAGGACAGGAAGCUGUUUGUGGGGAUGCUGAAUAAGCAGCAGACUGAGGAGGACGUGUAUCGCCUCUUUGAGCCCUACGGUGCCAUCGAGGAGUGCACCGUGCUAAGAGGUCCUGACGGAAACAGCAAAGGUUGUGCGUUUGUGAAGUUCUCUACUCACUCUGAAGCUCAGUCUGCCAUCAGCUCCCUGCACGGGAGUCAGACCAUGCCUGGAGCGUCAUCCAGCCUGGUGGUGAAGUUUGCAGACACAGACAAGGAGAGAACCCUACGGCGCAUGCAGCAGAUGGCUGGACAGUUUGGCAUGUUUAACCCCUCUGUCUCUCUACCCACGUUCACUAGCUACAGCAGCUACACACAUGCCUUGAUGCAGCAACAGCAGGCUGCGGUGAUGGCCGUGUCUCAGGGGGGCUACCUGGCCCCCAGCCUCUCCUUCCCCUCCGCCCAGCUCCACCAGGUGGGGGCGCUAACCAUGAAUGGCCUGCCGCCCAACCCCCUCAACUCCGUGUCAGUGAGUUUGUAUUCCCCCCUUGCAGGUCUGAGCUCCCCUCCGUCCACCAUGCCCUCCUCCCUGCCCAGUCUGGUGACCCCCAUGAUGAACGGGUAUACGGGCCUCGCCCCCCAGGCUAACGUGCACCCUCUGGAGACCCUCUACACCAACGGCCUGCCCCCCUACUCCACCCAGAGCCCCACUGCUGCAGACACACUGCAACAAACCUUUACUGGGGUGCAGCAAUACACAGCCAUCUACCCAGCGGCUACACUGACACCUGUAGGUCAGUCUCUGGCACAGCACCCUCAGGUCAUUGGCCAACAACAGAGGGAAGGUGAGGGACCAGAGGGCUGUAAUCUGUUCAUCUACCACCUGCCCCAGGAGUUUGGGGAUAACGAGCUGAUGCAGAUGUUCCUGCCUUUCGGAAAUGUCAUCUCCUCCAAGGUAUUCAUGGACAGAGCCACCAAUCAGAGCAAAUGUUUUGGCUUUGUGAGCUUUGAUAACCCGGGCAGUGCCCAGGCUGCCAUCCAGGCCAUGAAUGGUUUCCAGAUCGGCAUGAAGAGACUAAAGGUGCAGCUGAAACGUCCCAAAGACGCCAGCCGUCCCUACUGACACCCCCCAGCAUAGGUUUAAACAGAAGAAUGGAGGACGUCUUUGAUGGAAUAAGACAUUUCAUGAAGGAACAAACUCAAAAGUGAUUCUGUUUUUUAAACAGUGGAAAAUAGACUUCAUAUGGGAGUUGGGAAGAGAUAUGCUUUCAUCUUCAAACAUAUCUGGCUGGGAGAGGACAGGACUCGGAGCUCUGCAGCAGUGAACGUUUGGUAUUACAGACAGACAGCAACGGGAUAGAACAAGACUUUCAAAAAAACAUUUUUUUUUUUGUUGUUGAUACAAACAGAAACAACUUUGAACAAUUCAGCAUCUUUGGAGACUUGGUAGUGAAGAAGAACACCACAAGCAGACUAAAAAGCAAUGCUAAAAAGGAUAUGGAUUUCUGAUAGACUCAAAGAGCAUAGUGAACAAGAGACUUCAGGUUUUUCCUACCAUGUAAUGAACGAAUAAGGGUUCAAACUUAAUCUGAGGAUGCCCAGUAUAUCUGGGAAGAGAUUAUUUCAAUUUUUCUUUCUUUCUCUCUUUCUCUCUCUCCUCUUUAUCCUUUCUCUGUGAGUCCCAAGCUUGCAACUUUCUCAAGUUUCCAUAGCAACCAAGCGAACUGCACCCCCUUGGGAUCGGAGGACCAAAUGUUUUUCUCUUUCUCUUUAAUAGUCAUGUACAAAAUACUAACAAUCAUAAUACAAUAACAGUAUACUGCUUAGUUUAGUGCAAACUAACAUUCAAAAAGAAUUGAAAUGCAGUAUUCUACUGUAGUUUAAUACAUAACAGUGACAGAAAGGUUCUUUAGGUCAGCAUUAGAUAAUUCACCAUCAGUGUACAGCUGACUACUAAGCAGUAUGUAAAUGUGAAAUUGGAUCAUGUAGCAGUCAGUUGGAGAGGUUAGUGAGGGAGAAUGUUGCCGCAAGCUCUUUCUGUGGGCUGGAAUACAUAAUGGAGCAGUUGUUUUGUUGAAAACCACCUCUUAUCAUCUGUUUACUGAUACACUUCAUCUUUGGGCACUCAGUUUGACCCUUGAACUAUUUGAGUUCUGUCUCCCUCUGCACAGCAACCACUCUGAGCCUCUGUUCUAUUCAAAGAUGCCCAUAGGUACAGAUCUAGGAUCAGCUCACUUUACCUGAAUUUUAACCUUAAAGCUGGAAUCCGUUGUGGUGAAAUUGCCCUCGUCCGUUUGCAAUAUUACAACAACAAACACGUUACUUCAAACAAUGAAGUAACGUGUUUUUCCACUCUGACAUCAUUGCGUGCACUAUUCUGCCUAUAGAGCAAAGGCCAUUGGAUCCCAUAUCGCUUCAGAAGCUAACUGCAGGUCUCGGGUCAGGGAUUAAAAAAACGGUGUCAGGUGUGCCACAUGGAGUAGAAUGACUAAUACUAUACUGUACAUGUAUUGUGUAAUGUUAUUGGAGUUUAUCUAAUACAUAAAGUAUAUGUAAUCCAUAGAAACUGUUCAUAGGAAAUGAUCUUAGGUCAGUUUUCUGGUUUAGGUGCUUAAUGGUUUAAGUUAUGAUUUGGGGAGGGACAGCUGAUCCAAGAUCUGUGUGUUCACUUUGUUUAGCCAGUAGACGUCAUGCAUCGGGUUCUUCCUGGUUAGGUCACAUUCUCAUGAAAAAUUCCUUCCCCUUACAGUAGCACAGAAAACACUAGUAUGGCACAAGUUAGAAGUUGUUUAUUGCACAAGCUAUUUCAUCAUUGUAUAACAGGGGUGUCAAACUCAUUUUGCGAUGGGGCCACUUUCAGUCUUCAACGAGAUCCAGAGGGCCGCAGUGAAAAUUGCUUGUAUUUCCUCGCCGUCUAAAUUUGCAAUAAAUUGUCCUCUAUCCAUCGUUUUUUGAAUUUGCGUUGCUCCCUGACUAUCUAGCAUUCAUUUGGGUGAUUAUUAGCUAGCUGGACAAAGUAUAUUGAGUUUGUUUUCCUACACAAAAAAAAAUAUAUAUAUUAUUUUUGACUCAAACCACUCACACGCCAGAUUGGACCCCCUCAUGGGCCGGAUCUGCCCGCAGGCCAUAUGUUUGACAUCCCUGGACUACACAAACUCGGGAAAAGCAGGUCUGGUUAAAUCCGGACCGUAAACUGUCAGGGGAGGUGUCAUCAACAGCAGCACAGAGAGAUGCAGAGUUAGAGUAGAAAGCCGUUCGAUCCAAUUGAGUCUGACACCGUCCGACAACCAUUACAUUUUAGCAGGUGUCUGCAGUCCCCUCUCGCUUGCAUUUGGGUGAAUGUUUUAUUUAGUUUGGAGAGACAGAGAGCGCAGACACUACUUUAUUGGGAGAAAACAUAAAAUUGUCUUUUAAAGGGCUAUACAAGGUCCAAUUGUGAGCACUAGUCAUUCAUUGUGCUGUGUAGGACAGGUUGAGAACAUUGUCACAGUACCUCCCUCAGGGAACACUAGAAACCGACAGAGGAACAUAAAAAAACACUCUAGAAUGCACCGGUGACGAUUCUAAGAGACACUAAAAUGCACCGGGGACAAUUCCAAGAGACACUCUAGAAUGCAGUGGUGACGAUUCCAAGAGACACUCUAGAAUGCAAUGGUGACGAUCCCAAGAGACACUCUAGAAUGCAGUGGUGACAAUUCCAAGAGACACUCUAGAAUGCAGUGGUGAUGAUUGCAAGAGACACUCUAGAAUGCAGUGGUGACGAAUCCAAGAGACACUCUAGAAUGCAGUGGUGACAAUUCCAAGAGACACUCUAGAAUGCAGUGGUGACAAUUCCAAGAGACACUCUAGAAUGCAGUGGGUGAGGGGGUGGGGGGGGGGUUUCUCUCUUUUUCUUUCAUUUGUGGUCAUCAUCACAUCUUCAAGAGUGAACCAUAUUUUCACUAACUCCUAGUGAAUGUUACUGCCUAUUUUACAGACAAUUCCGGACCCAAUAUCCCCUGAGAUACACAGAAUAGCACGUUUCACGGAACAUUCCUAAUGGUACACUGAACAUGGCUACUGCUCCAAAUAUCACUGACUAUUGCUGUGAGUUGGAAUGUCCCCUCCACUUCUAUCCUAUAUGGUGAGCACUGUCUGCCAACCAUGCUGUGAGGCUGGACAUAAGGACCAACAUAGAAUUAAUUUGUUUGUCAUCUUGUAAUAGCAGAAGAUAUUAUCAAUCAUAUCAUAAGUGAAGUUGCCAAAUAAUGUUUAAUCUAUCUAUGAAUUCUAAUAUGUAAAUGUAAUUAUCUUGUAACAUUCCAGGCCAGUUGGCAGCUGAGAGAUAAAUAUGAAGUAGCUAUUUUAGUUUUAUCGAUAUUAGUUUAUUCACUGUGCACAGAAUCAUAAACCAACUGGACAUGUGGGUAUACCAAUGAAUAUUUAUAUUCAAGAUGUGUAUUAUACAUUGAUUUAUUUUCAUGGGUUUUAAUCAUUGUCAAGAUAUAGCUUACUUCUUAUUAGCUGCCAGCCUUGUAUUCUCUUGUAUCUGCAUGUGGUUUCCUCACAGAGAUGUAUUCAAAGGAAGAAACGGGACGUUUUGGUUAGAGCCAAGGGUCAACUCCACUUCAAUCGCUUGUCAGUUGAACUGGACAAUAUAAUUUCUCUAUAGGACAGAAGUUAAAUUCCUAUAUUGACUGUUAAGACAACCCUGUCAGCUUUAAUGAUGCAUGCCUCUGUGAAAAGUUUACUGACCAGCAGCCUCUCAACACUGUUAGCAGCGUAGUAAUAUAAUUAUUAGUGAGGGGGAGCAGUCAAAUUGCUUUGGUCUGAGGGUCAAAAACCCUUCUAGGAAUUAUAUUUCUAUGGUAAGCAGAGCUUGGCCUGUGACUGAUGCUGGAAGAAAGCCCGUCUUGAUGUUUGAUCCAGAUCCUGAGGUAAUAGCAGUAGUCCUAGUUGCACUAAGAGACAAUCAGUGCACUGCAGUAACUUGACAGGUCAUUUGACCUUUGCUCAUCCUAUAAAUAUAAAGCAGUAUCCUGGAGGCUAAAUUAAUGCUAUUGUUGGUUGGAAAUCUAUGUGUAUAUUUCUAUGUUUUAUUCAGGUUCUGAGGUUAUAUGCUUUCGGGGGUUGGGGUAUAUAAAGAUAGUUUACUGUGCUUUUUCUAUAUGCGUUUAUUCACUACCUGAAUGAAGCCAUGUUACUUUCAAUCAAAUGACUACAUGUAUACUUAGCAUUCCUACUGCACUACCUCUACAAGGUGAUGUGUAUAUAAAAAAACAAGACUUCUAUUUUCAUUUGAAGAUUUA